AUGGGAAAACGAACGGACGAGCCCCCCAAAUCCAUGGUCUCCAAGGCUAUGUACGACAACGCACCUCUGGUGAAGAAAGAAAACACGAAACGCCAGAGCUCGUCUCGAUUCAACAUCACCAAAAACCGCGAGCUCACCAGACUUCCAGCUCUCAAAGACACAAUCCCUUCUGAAACAGAAGAACUGUUCAUCAAGAAGCUGAAGCAGUGCUGCACGCUGUUCGACUUCAUCGCCGAUCCCUUGUCCGACUUGAAAUGGAAAGAGGUGAAACGAGGCGCGCUCAACGAAAUGGUCGACUACGUCGCCGUCAACAGGGGCGUCAUCUCAGAGAAUAUCUUCCCCGUCGCCAUUGAAAUGUUCGCAGUCAACACCUUCCGCUCCCUGCCUCCAACAACCAGCCCAAACGGCGCCGAAUUUGACCCAGAAGAAGACGAGCCAACCCUCGAAGCCUCCUGGCCGCAUCUUCAGCUCGUCUACGAGUUCUUCCUCCGUUUCCUUGAGUCGCCCGAUUUCAAGCCGACGGUUGCUAAGAAAUACAUCGACCAGCGGUUCGUCGUCCAGCUGCUCGAACUCUUCGACUCCGAGGAUCCCCGCGAGCGAGAUCUCUUGAAAACGACGCUUCAUCGAAUUUAUGGCAAGUUCCUCAAUCUCAGAGCUUAUAUCAGACGACAGAUCAACAACAUUUUCUACCGCUUUGUCUACGAAACUGAGCGCCACAAUGGCGUCGCCGAGCUCCUCGAAAUUCUCGGAUCGAUCAUCAACGGCUUUGCUCUGCCACUCAAGGAAGAACACAAGAUUUUCUUGCUGAAGGUGCUUCUCCCACUUCACAAGCUCAAAUCGCUCUCGGUUUAUCAUCCACAGUUGGCUUACUGCGUUGUCCAGUUCCUUGAAAAAGAUCCGUCUCUUACAUCUCCAGUGAUCGACGGACUGCUCAAAUUCUGGCCAAAGACGCACUCGCCCAAAGAAGUUAUGUUCCUCAACGAGCUCGAAGAAAUCUUGGACGUUAUCGAACACGAAGAAUUCGCGAAGAUCAUGCGACCUCUCUUUACUCAGCUUGCCCGUUGCGUUGCUUCGCCGCAUUUCCAGGUUGCUGAACGAGCACUGUAUUACUGGAACAAUGAGUACUUUAUUAACUUGGUACAGGAUCAUACAAAGGUCAUCCUGCCGAUAAUGUUCCCACCUCUCUACCGCAACUCCAAGUCUCACUGGAACAAGACUAUUCACGGGCUCAUCUACAACGCUCUCAAGAUAUUUAUGGAAAUGGACCAACAUCUCUUCGACGAGUGCACGACGGCGUACAAAAGUGACAGGCUCAAAGAAAAGCAGACGAUUCAAAAGCGCGAAGAAGCGUGGCGACGUAUUCAGCAGCAAGCUACUUUGAAUCCGAUGAAGGAUCAAAUUGAGGGCUACGAUGUUACCGCCAAGAUUUCUAUGGGAGACAUUGAGCACGAGUUCCGCGACCUGUCCGUAGAAGAAGCAGAUUUGGAUGUGAACUGA